UUCGCCGUUUCCACUCCACCACGACGCCAGUUCAAUUCCAUUUUUAAAAUUUUGGAGAAUUUCAAUUUCAGAAGGUUGAGAUUUUUCGAUAAUUUUGAAGUAAUUUUAUAUCACUUUGUAUAGUUAUAAUUUUAUGAACUUUACCCAUUUAGUGUAGAUUUAUCGUGUAAAAUUUGCGUGCAGUGAUAAUGAUGUAGAUUUUGAAUACCAAGUGUUAUUCUGUCAUGGAAGAUCUGAAAAAAAAGAUCAAUUUUGAUCCAUCUUUAUUGUAUUACUCUCCAACCAGUAAAGAGAACGAAGAAGACGAAAAACCUCCCGUUACUAAUGUGGAAACGUACAAUAGUACUAAUCGUAAACACAUUUGUACUGUGUGUGGUAAACGAUUUUUUACUGUAAGCGCAUUGAAUGUACAUAUCGAACAUCAUCCACCGAAUGAACGUUCAAAUAUUGAAAAGGACGAUGAUAAUGCGAACACGAAUCGUAAAAAUCAGUAUGUGUGGAAUAACGGAAUCAAAUGCAGCAAAUUUGAAUGCAAUUUCAUCGCAUUAGAUGCCGUAGAAUAUUCUAAGCACAUUUCGACUUGCGAAGGAAUUCGUUUAACCAAGAACGCAGAUAAUUCGUUUUGCGAAUUUUGUAAUUCGUAUUUUUCUUCGGAAAAUCAUUACAAGGCGCAUUUAAUUCUGCAACAUCCGGAUUGCGCUCCAGAUAUAAGUUUGAAGGAAUACGAUGCUAAAUAUACUACAAUAUCAGAUCCGGUAUCGUUAUAUGUUUCUGAGAAUAAUUCGGAAAUUGACGCUGAUAUAAAGUUAUCAAAAAAUAUUAGUCAUUUGAAGUAUCCCGAUUCUUCCAUUACGAAAAGAAAAUCCAAAGAAGCCGGAACUGAAGAAAUAUCUCAACUGAAUCAGAAUACCGAUAAAAUUAUGGAACAAGUUACGUCUAUCGUUGAAUCAACGCCUACUGUAACGAAUAGUGAAAAAAUACAAGAAGUGAAACAAGAUUUAACGAGCACCGUAGGAAAAUCUCCUAUGGAAAAUUCCGAUUCUGCGAAUGUCUCUAAAACGGCAAAUAUUAAUAACCUUCCUGAUCUAAUGGAGAACGGGAAAUGCGAUGAAAAUGAAAAAACUGAACAUUCAGCGAUUCAAUUGAACGACGUAAUCGAUGAAAAAUCACCUGUCGAGAAAUUGGAGGAAUCGCCUUCGAAAGAGAACAAUGUUAUCGCUGAUCCUAGCACCAAUUACGAUAAUUUAGAACAAAACAACUCGCAAAAUAUUUCGAUAGAAGAUGAGCGAAUUGAAAUAUCACACGACGCACCUCCCAAAUCUGUGGAAGUAAAAAAUGAUCUUACUGAAAAGUUACCUGACGGAGAACCAAGUGAUAAUGCUAAAGUACAACAAACUGUUGACGAAGAUGAGAAAUUACAACGUAAUUCUGUGGAAGCGGAUUCCAAGAAUGAUAAACAGACAGAUGAUACGACGAAACAUGAGAACUAUGUAAAUGUCGAAAAAAUGAUGUAUAAUUUAUUCAAAGAUGAAGGAACAACUGAAACAUCUUUGCAAGAACGUGGCGAUGUCCAAGAUUUGAAUGAUGUUUCUCCUGAAAAGAACAAAGAAGAAAAUGAACUAAGUCAAACCAAUAAUGUCACCGAUGCCGAUAAAGAAGAUUCCGAUUUUGAGGAAUUCGACUAUAAUCGCGCCGGCAAAAAAAAAUAUUUAAAAUCAUACAGCCGAUUAAACAAGAAUAAAACCGAUCUAAAUAAGGAAGAAAAAGUUGAUGAAACGCCUGUGACCAAAGAAGAAGUAGAUGGAACUGAAUUAGCUGCGUUGGAUUCUGAAGAACCGAAGCAGAAAAAAACUGUCGGUAGAAAAAGUAAAAAAUCACUAAUUGUGGAAACACCUGCGACAGAUUUAAAUAUUAAAGAAAGAAGCACCCGAACCAGAAAAAAAUUGAUUCUACCCGACUUUGAAUAUGAUUCGGAUUACAAAAGUUAUACUCCAGAAGUUUCGAAACGUAUUGAAGUUCCAAAACGGCCUUCAUUACCCAAAAAUAACGAUACUUCUCCUAGAAAAAGAGGAAGGCCUCGUAAAAAUCCAGAUGCUCAUCUAGAUUCCUCUGCUAAUGACAGCGCGAUUGUAACUGAUAUUUCUACGAACAGUGCGAAUAAAUCAACUACCAACGUCAACGAUAGAAUUGAAAAUUCAUAUUUAAACGCCGUAGAAACACCAAAAACACGUGAUAUCGCGGAUAUAAAAAUACCAAAUUCUGAUUCUGCCAAUACUUCGAAUUCCAUGGUAUCUGAUUCUUUCACUCAAAAAGAAACACCUAAGAACACAUCUGCUGUGACUGAUCCUAUAAAAAAGAAACGAGGAAGGCCUCCAAAAAUCAAAUCCGAAUCAGAAGCUACUAAUGAACGGCCUGAGACUCCUGCUACAUCUUCGAUGGUGGAUACAACCACGGAAGAAAGUAUUUGUAGUGAUGUCGCAAAUGCCCUUCUUUCCUUAAGUGAUUCCGUCCGUACCAAAGAAUCAGUCGCGCACAAAUCAACUCUCACGCCCGUUUCUACAAAGAUUAAACAAGUUCAUAUUAUAAAAAUGAAGAAGAUGAAAACAGUGAUACCUGUUGAUUCUAUCGAAACACUUGAGGCUGAUUUUGAACCCGUAUCAACUUUUAAAUUGAAAAACGAUUUAGUAGCUGACCAGGCUGAUGAUUCAAAGGAAAUUGAUACGGAUUUGUCUCUCAAUGAUACCAGUAAAUUUGAUAAAAACAAAGACGCCGAGGCAAAGUCUAACGGUUUUAUGAAGGAUACAUCUUCAGUAGCGGGCGUCUCUGCUCCGAGAAAGAGAGGAAGACCACCUAAAUUACACAAAAGACCUAAAUCAUUGUCAAUUCCACCUAAACAACCUGUUCCCAAAGUGCCUUUGAAACCUAAACUGAAUAAAUCAUUACCUACAACGACAGAUGAACAAAAAAAGGUGGAUAAACUUUUCGACGCCAAAUUGUCUGAUCGUAAAAGCGUAUUUUUGAAGAAUAAAGCGAAAAUUAAUAAUGUAUUAAAGGACGAUCUGAAACCAAAUGUUCCAGUGAAAAAAAAAGGAAGACCGUCUUUGAAAUCCUUGCAAGAUACAUUUGGUUUUACUCCGAGACCAAUUCAUGAUAUUGCCAUAGACGAGUCGGACGUUCCCGAAACAACCGUCAAGCCUGCGUCUAAAGUAAACUUACCAAAGAAAAAAAAGGGUAAACUGGGACGACCGCGGAAAUCUGAUACGACGAGUGAUACUAGUUUACAGAAAAAUAACGAUACGCCAAAAACGAUGGAAAAUAAUUUGAAUUCUCACAAAGACAGAGAAGAAUCUCCUUUCAUAUAUGAAAGUUAUCAUCCUAAGAAAAAACGAGCUCGUCUCGAUAUCGACGAACAGAAAGAUUCCGAAAAGGAUGCUUCUGUUUCGAAAACUGAAGAAAAAGUUGCACCUCAGAAAGCUCCUCGUAUUUUAAAGCCCAAGAAACCACCUCCGCCUCCUCCUGUCGAGAUUCCAGAUGAAACGCGUGAUAUAGACGAAGAAUUAUACAUGGAAGAUGUGAAAAAUCGGACCAAAUAUGGCAAAUUAUUUAAAAAGCCGAAGAGUUUUGUUUACGACGAGAAAUAUACUGAUGAUAUGAUGAUUAAUUGCGGACGGUGUAAGAAAAAAAUGACGUUUCGACAUUACAAAAAUUAUCAUCAAGUAUCACAUUAUUACCUUAGCUGGAUAGAAGGCGAUCAAGAAAUUGACUUGAACGAUGAUAGUGAUGUGGUGAGAAUUUUACAAUCUUCGAUUACCCCUGAUGCUUUGAAGAAAAAAGCUAUCCGGCUCGCCUGUGAGAAAUGUGGUGAUGUACGUAAAAGUGUCGUGGGUUAUGUCAGUCAUGUGAGAUUUUGCCAAAAAGAGGACAAAAAUAGUUUAUUUGAAACUUGUAAACUUUGCGGACGAGCUUUGCGGCCAUCUAGCGUUAGAUUUCAUUAUAUUAAAUUUCACGGUUAUUAUAAGCCUACUAAAGGUGGCAUGUGUUUCUCAAAUGAAAACGAUGCGUUACUCAAUUCGCUAGAAUUAGACGAUUCCGAUGACCCCGAUACGCCGGCGCGUAAACGUAUUCGAAUGGGUUUCACCAGAAGAGAAUUACCAAAAAAAGAUGUCAUUGCUGAUGAAGAAUUUUGGACUGAGCUUAAAACGUCGUGUGAUUUGUACAUGUGUAUGGGUUUAAGUUGUCGGCAUAUGGCAAUUAGUAAAGAAGAUCUCAAAUCUCAUGUAUCAAACUGCGUUUCAAUAUUUUGCGAAUUCAGCUGUUCUUCGUGCGAUUAUAAAACCAAAUACGAAAAUGAAAUUAUUUAUCAUUCUAAAAAGCAAUGCCUGAGUAAUGUAAACGAAGAAAUAAUUACCAGUACUACCGAAUCAGGACGACGAGUUUCAACUCGUCAAAAAUUCCACAAUUUUAAAUACGAUCAGAAUAAUUCUGAUGAUGAAACGAGUAACAGAGACGCCGAUUUCGAUGUUGGUGCGGUUGAGGACAAAUCCGAUGAUGAAGACGAUUAUAAUUCUGAUUUGGAAUCUGAAAAGCCUUCGAUACGAAAAGCAAUUCCAUCGCUUACCCCGCGAAAAAAAUCUGAUCGAGUGUUGACUUCGACUAGUAUUACUGAUAAAUUAGGACUCCGAAACGCGUUUCAACAAUAUUGUUCCGGUCGCACGGAUCCUCUGAGGUGGACGGUUGAUUUACGUUUGAAAUUAUUUUCCUCGACGCCUUUACACGUUCAUAUGAAAGUAAACACGAAGGAAUGGGAAUUGUUAUCGUCCACAGAAACGGAAAAAUACAUUCCAAUACAUACGAAAUCAGUGAAGGCUUAUUUCCAUAACGGCGGGUCAUCUUCGCAGUUUGAUUUAUUCCAAGCAGAUGUGAUAAAAGGAGUUCCUCUAUGUUAUGUUGGCGGUCCUGUUUGGGCCAUGGCUUGGGCGCCAAUUCCUGCUCAUGUUACCGAACAAUAUCUCGCAGUUUCUACCUUGAGGCAUAUGAAUCAUCUGAUAGGAACUAACGAAAGUGUUUCAUUUCCGUCUCUUAUUCAGUUUUGGAAAUUCAGCUCCAUUGAUAACAUUAGCAACGACAUCCAAAAACCUGUAUUAGGAUGGUCAAUUGCCCAUUCAUACGGAGCUGUGUGGUCCAUGGAAUGGUGUCCGUCCGGCGGAUUCAAUAAUUUAUCGACUACCACUAGACUAGGUAUUCUAGCUGCGGCGACGUCUUCUGGUUGUGUCAUUGUGUAUAAUGUACCAAAAUUGGAAAUUAGUGAUAAAGAACCUAAGGACACUGUUACGAAUCCUAAACCAGAUUUGAUCUUAAAAGUUCGCUACGAUAAUGUGCAAUGCACGAGAAUAGUUUGGGAUCAAAUCUCUCCUCAUAAUUCAUUAAUCGGUGGUUUUUCAAAUGGUUCUGUCGCUUUUUGGAACAUCAAUACUGCAUCUGUAUUACUCAAGAAAGGAAACGUCGUUUAUCCUUAUAGAAUAUUUGAGGCUCAUAAUUCGGCCAUUACCGCAUUGGAUCUACACUGGUUAAACAACAGCAAGUACCUUCUCACUGGUUCGAUAAAUCGAGUUACCCGACAUUGGGAUUUGAAUGAUUUAUCUGGUCCGAUACACGAGUGCGAAAGACCCACUCCUGUUUUAGAUGCAGUUUGGAUGCAGCAUUGGAUUGUUACCGCCAAUGUUCACGAUUUCGGAAAUUUGGUUGGUGAAUCAGGUUCUUUUAUUGCACAUCCUCGUGAUCCGUUCGAAAAAAAGAAAACUUUGAUGAAUAUAAGAGACACGUUCUGGUCCCUAUCGUAUUCGUUGUGGAAUGAUACGGUUGCUGUUUCAAGUAAUGGCGGUUUUGUUUCGGUGUACGCUGCGAAACAUUUGGCCAUGUUGACCUAUAAAAGUCCUGAUUUUGAAAAGAUUCUUACGUCCACUGAGUUGGUCAAAUUAAGUGAUGCCGAUAAGAAGGAUUUCAGCUCUGAUGAAUUGGUUGCCUCCAUGCCUUCAACAAAUGAUUUAUACGACUGUACAACAGCUAUCAAAAAUAAUGGCAUUCAAUUCAUAGAUAAAGCUAAGAAUGAUAUGAAUAGUGAAACUUUGAGUUUUGACUUGAAAAACAGUAACAUUACAUCCGUAAAUAAAGUAUGUUGGAAUCAAAACUACAACAGUUUCAAUUGGCUAGCCAUCGGAUACGAAUGCGGUUUCGUUAGAGUUAUUCGAGUUGAGCGAUUCGAUAAACAUUACUUAACUAAAUUUUAUAAAACUAACGAAAAUACCGCAACGUUGAUGUAAAUUUUUUAUAUUCAGUUUUUGUUGUUUUCCGUUUGUAAAAUAUUGUGUACUUCGUUUAAUUUUGCUCCCAUUUGUAUCGGUGUUUUACUUUUUGAGAAAAUAAUUUUAUGUUAUUAAUCAUCAUUAUUAUAAUGUAUUGAUUUGA